AUAAAACAUAAGGAAGCUGGAGGAAAAUUGCCUCGUUCUGUUCUAGGCCAUUAUGUCAACCCUCGAGAAAGAAACGCCAUCGUUCCCUUCACAGUUUUACUCUUCAGUGGAUGCCCGCCAUCACUCGCUUUCUUUCUUUCUGAUUCUCUUUCUCUCUCCACCUGUGCAUGUCAACAGCAAGGUUUCUUGGGGGCAUCAAUGCUUUGGCAGAGAGAAGUAAAUGCUUGUUGGGUGGCUAAAUAAAGGCCAACAAUAGGGAUUUGGGUUCCCCACCUCUUUCUUGUCUUCUGAGUAACCAUCGACCCCUUAGUCAUUCUGAGGUGAGAUCAAGGUACAGAGAGAUGCGGGAGUCGUCAGAGGCUCAAGGAAACAGCAUGGCGGAGAUGCCGAAGGAUGGUAGCAUGGCAUUGCAGAUGAGAAACCAAGCGGUUGGUAAUUUUUCUGGUGGAGAUGAAUUCUCGCUGAACGUAACUCACAGGCCUUUAGGCUUUCACAGUUACAAUGAAAGGAAAAACUUUUGUCAGCCACAUGGUUUGUAUAAAGGUAGUCCAUCGGCAAGAGGUCUAUCGUCACCAAGGGCAAGCGUCCAAACAGACUCAGCAAUUGAUGGCGAAAGUAGCUUACUUCUCAACAAAGAUUGUGAACCUGGUUCAACUCCCAGGGGACUCUCCAACAGGGUUCUUGUAGCCAGAGUUCUUUCGGUCUUUUCGAAUAGAAGCUUGUCGCUUCCCGUUAGACGUGAAUCAGAUAUUUCUUCUCCAAUAUCUGGUUCAGUGAGGCAAGCAAGAUGCCUAAGACAGACUACUUCGAACAUUUCAAAAACUCCAGCCAAGGUUUCUAGGUCCUUAUCGGUGCCACCGCGCUCAGUAAUUCUUGUUAGAAAUGCAUCAUUUCCUGCUUCAAUGGCUGUUACUGGCUCGGAGAAUAACGGCCCUGUGCAUAUUGAAAUUGGUGAUGAAGAGAUUCCCGAAGACGAGGCGGUUUGCAGGAUCUGUUUAAUCGGGCUGUCUGAAGUUGAUGGGAAUCCACUUAAGUUGGAGUGCAGCUGUAAGGGUGAUCUAGCCCUUGCUCACGAAGAAUGUGCAGUUAAGUGGUUCCGAAUCAGGGGGAACAAGUUGUGUGACAUCUGCGGCCAGGAGGUGCAAAACUUACCCGUGACAUUAUUAAGGGUGCAAAGCUCUGUCGAGAACAACAGCCGGCAGCAGCAGACUUCUGGAGCCGCACAAACCUCUGAAUUACAAGGACACAGAUAUUGGCAUGAAAUGACAAUCCUUGUCCUAAUAAGCACACUCUCUUAUUUCUGCUUCUUUGAGCAGCUUCUGGUACAGACGAUGAGAUCACGUGCUCUUGUCAUCUCCAUCCCAUCCUCGCUAAUUGUGGGUUUUCUUGCGUCCAUAUCAGCAUCUCUUAUAGUUUAUAAGGAGUAUAUUUGGGCAUAUGCUGCAUUCCAAUUUGCACUUGUGAUCAUCCUUCUCCAUCUCUUUUACUCCAUGCUUCAUUUUGGACCAGUCAUUGCCAUUUUCACAUCAACACUGAUUGGAUCUGGAACUGCAAUAAGCAUCAAUGCAUUAGUUUUGGAGUUCUUUUCUUUGCGUUCUCGACUCCGUCAGGGACUCGUACACCCUCAGUCCAGCGCACCAAGAGAUUUGCAACAUGAUGAGAUCCUUAGGAGUCCUGCAGAAGCACAUGAUGACACACAACAGAUCCAGAAUUCAGCCACACAAGAGGCAUGAAAAUUUCACCUCUUGGCUCUCUAUAUCUCUGUCUCCUGAAGUUGAAUGUGAUUACAUUUUUAGCAUCUUUGCUAUCAUAUGGAAAUACAUGUUUGCUCUGUAGAAUCAACCAAGCCGUAUCAUAAUAAACAUGACAGGAAGAACAUCUUCUUUGCAACCCAAAAAUAUGAAUGUGAACAUCUUCCUUUUGGACGUUUGAAUUUUGCUUACUCAAUACUAUAUCUAUACCGCAUUCUGUUCA